AUGCGCACGACACAGGAAAUAGAAACAUGGGUCGCUGCCCUCGCGCAGUACGACAACAACGAAUUCGGAGCUGCUCUAGAGGAGUUCGAAAAGAUUGCCGACACGUCCAAGAUCCUGUUCAACAUGGGCGUCAUCAACGCGACCCUCGGGCAGCACGAGCAAGCUGUCGAGUGCUUUCAACGCGCCGUCCGGCUGGACCAGUAUCUCGCCGUGGCAUACUUCCAACAAGGAGUGUCUAACUUUCUGCUGGGCGAUUUCGAGGAGGCCCUGGCCAACUUCAACGACACGCUUCUCUAUCUUCGGGGCAACCAAAUUAUCGACUACACACAACUGGGUCUAGACUUCAGUCUCUGCUCAUGCGAAGUGCUGUUCAACCGAGGUCUCUGUUACAUUUUUCUGCAACAAAUGGAGGCCGGUAUGCAGGAUCUGCAAUACGCGUCCAAAGAGAAGCUUCCAGGCAAGGACCACGACGUAAUCGAUGAAGCAAUCAAGGAAGAGGCCCAGGGCUAUACAGUGUUUUCCAUCCCCGUCGGCGUCGUCUACCGACCAAACGAGGCCAAGGUGCGGAACUUGAAACCAAAGGACUACCUUGGAAAGGCACGGUUGGUUGCUGCAUCAGACCGUGGCAAUGCCUUCACGGGCUUUGCUGGCUCUGAAAUCAAGAGUCUUGGAUUGGGCAACACCGAAGUCAAGGACGACAGGCCAACAGAAUCUCUUUCCUUUGCGGCCACAAACCUUGUCAAGCCGGGUCUACAGAGCAGGAGGCAACAAUCUGAGCCGCCGAGCAGUCGCAACGUCUUCCCGCCGACCCCGCCCCCCGAGAAUGAUAAACCGCAGAUGAGCCGCGGUGCCUCAAUCCGUAACGGGCCGAAGCCUAUACCCAGCAAACUCAACCUCGAGAACACGAGGGCGAAUGACCGCUACGAAAGGACGUCACCUGACGACCGACCCCGGCCAACUCGCUCCGCAUCGGCCAACCCUGCCCGGGGCUUUUCACAGCGCGAGCCUUCGAGGACCAGGAGGGACGAGGACGAGGGUGACGGCUAUAACGACGACUUUUACGACAUGUACCAGGGCGGCGGCGGCGGCGGCGGCAGUGGUGGUGGUGGCCCCGCCAGCGGCUCCCGCAGCAGCAGAGGACAGAGGAACAGAAGAUCCGAGCGAGACCGGUACAUCGAGGAGGAGGAAGGCAGCGACUACGACGACGCUUCAUUCGACGAGGGCGACUUUGAGAUGGUAUCAGGCCGGAGACCUGGAACAAGCACCGUGUCUGGUGCAUCAAGACGCGGCUCGGCCAGGCGAGUUGGGCCGCGCGAGAUCCGUAUUAAGGUACACGCCGGAAACGACGUUCGAUAUAUCAUGGUUGGACCCGCAGUUGAGCUUGGGGACCUGGAACGCCUUAUCAAGAACAAGUUUGGCCUCCGCCGUGAAUUCAGGAUCAAGGUCAAGGACGACGACUUUCCUGACGGUGAGAUGGUAACGGUGGGCGACCAGGAAGACCUCAAGAUGGCGAUGCAGCCGGCCAGUGAGGCUGCAAGGGCGCAAAGACAGGACAUUGGCAAGAUGGCCGUGAGUGGACAUUCCUUUCUAAUUCUCCUCUUCACGCUCUUGGAGGAACGUUAA